AUGACUUGGCUCAUGAUACAAGAAGCUUGGAAGAGAAGUCUUUCAACAGUGCAUCCUGACAACAGCAAGCUCAUCCCCAGUCCUUUCCGACCUGCAGCUUUCCUGCCUUUUACAGCGCCCAUGGUAUUUUUGUCGCUGGUGUCAGUAAAAAGUCUAAAGUCCAUUAUUUUACCGCAGUUUUCCUUCUAUACCUACAGUACAGCCUUCAACAUCAUCAAUGGAAAUGCAAGUUAUAAUCACCACCCAUAUGAGAGUAUAUUACUGGGGUCAGGAGCAAUUGCUUCUUCAACCUUUUUUGGAUUAUUCCCUCAUUUACUCCAAAUAAAGUUCGAACUGAAAAACAUUUUCAUAAGAAGAACGUUGCCUGUUAUUAUUCUUGCCCAAGUCAGUGGAAUGAAUGUUGUUGCAUCCCGAAGUUUGGAGUCCACACGAGGGAUUGAGGUCAUGGACAAGGAAGGCAAUGUCGUAGGCUAUUCCAGAAGAGCCGGGACACAGGCCGUUAAAGAUACAGCAACAUCCAGAGUCAUGCUGUUUGGGACCUCAGCUUUGAUUCCUGAAGUCUUCUCAUACUUUUUUAAAAGGACCCAGUUAUUCCUGCGAUAUCCAUGGUCAUUGUGGACCCUGAAACUGUCUUGUACUAUCCUUGCCAUGGGACUGAUGGUGCCAGUGUCUUUCAGUAUAUUCCCGCAAAUUGGACGGAUACAGUGCAGUACGCUUGAAAAGGAAAUUCAGUCCGCCACAGAAGAAACAGAACUCUUCUAUAACAGAGGGGUGUAGGGGUGAGUUUUAGGUGAAUUUAUUUGGUUCCUGCUUGAAAACCUUCAUCUCAAGGUUUCAGUUUCGAGAACUCUGCCAGAGGUCUCCUGGAAACCCCAGAGGUAUCUGCGCAGACAGGAUGGCUUACAGUCACACAUGCCAAGACCUUGUCAAGGCCGGUCAUGCCUGGGGUUUUUAAGCCUGGAGAGAAAUGGGAGGCUGUCCUGCCUGACCCACCCCCACGGGGCUGCUGAGGGGAUGGAUGGGUGAUGUAAGAUUCAGUUUUCUCUUCGUUCAUCAGCCUGUGAAAGGAUACUGUGAAAUUAUUAAUAAACUUGUCUAAAGUUGA